CCACCCCACCUCCUUUGGACGGUUUCUCCGCCCGCACUCGCGACCAUCCUCCGCCCCGCUCGGCGCACUCCGCCGCCCGGCUCUUCGCGCCGGCGGCCCGAUCGCCCCUCCACGCCCCGCCCGCCCGCCGUCCCCUCGCACCGCACGCGCCGCCGGUCACCCGCCCGCCGCGACGCUCGGCGGAAGCGAGGAGGACCCGAGGGAGGGCGACGCUCCGCCACGCGCUCCCUGACGUGCCGCUCGUUGACGCCGCUACUCCGCCAGGGAGGGCGCCGCGCCGCCGGUCACCCGCCUCCCUCGCCGCCGCAGCUGCUACGCUCGGCGGAAGCGAGGAGGAACCGAGGGAGAGCGCCGCGCCGCCGCCCACGAAGCCCGCUCGUCGCCGUGCGCCGCGCACGCGUCGGCCCCUUCCUCUGCGGCCGGGGCGCCCCUCCUCUCUUCAAACCUGGUGCCGCCCUCCACGCCGGCGGAGAGGAAGGCCGCCCCCUCGCAUCACCUUCCCCCCACCCAACGCAGGCUCGUCGCGCCUCCCUCCCCCACCUGAAGCUCGGUCCCUUCGCGCCUCCCUCCCGCCACUCGACGCCGCAAGACCCCACGGCGCGCUGGCUCCGAGACCGCGGCGCCUCCAAGCUCCUCCACCGCGACCGGCGGAGAAGAAGUUUGGAUAGUCGGGCUCGGCGGCUUCCAGCUCGUGCUCGCCGUCAAGGACCUCUGCAACGGCAUCCGUGAGACACUAAGAACCUUGUGUUUCCAGUGAAGCCUGAUAAAAGUAUUCUAUGGAGACAAACUGUUCUCGUGCUCCAUUCGGCGAUUUGACUAACUGCACUAAUGAAGGGGCUGAGAGCGCACCCUAUUCACAGUCAGCAAACAAUGAUAAAAAACAACGUAAGCGGGAAAGGAAGAGAGCAAGGUAUGCAGCAAUGUCUCAAGAACAGAAGAAUGCAAGAAAUCUGAGGCAGCGUGAAGCACGUCAAAAAAAAGAAUGUCAGAAUCCCAUGGAAACAAACUGUUCUCGUGCUCCAUCUGGCAAUUUGACAAAUUACACUAAUGGAGGAGGUGACAGUGCAUCCAAUUCACAGUCAGCAGACAAUAAUGCUAAGCACCGUAAGCGGGAAAGGGGGUAGAGCAAGGUAUGCAGCAAUGUCUCGAGAAGAGAAGAAUGCAAUAUGUUUGAGGCAGCGUGAAGUGCGUCAAAAAAAGAAAGGUGCUAGAUGCGUUACAUAUUUGUGGUGUUACAAAUAUCUACUACUAUCUAAAAAGCACCAAGUUCUGUUUACCA